AUGAUUGUUAGCAUAUAUGUCAAUGAUAGGUGCCAGGAAACGCUAUUCCAGUACUCAACAGUAGCAGAGUGCCCUACUUUUCGGCAACUAGUUGUUAAACUACAAGGUAAAGACGAAUCAUGGGAGUCUAAAUACUGCAAUGAGAUAAAUUCUGAGUUGAAGCUUUGCAGACACGUUUCUUUGCUGAAUCCAGUUGUUUAUUGGUGUUUAAUUUCGUGUUCAGAGUCCACAGUUUCCGUGGUAUCUUUGUUAGAAGAGAUAGAUUUACUGUUGUUACAAUAUUUCGAUAAGGACCAAUUAACGAAGCAGAAGAUAAAUAAUAACCUCGAUCGAUUAUCGAUGCUUUUCCAUUGUAUCCUUGAUGCUGGGCAACCGGUGAUAACAGACUCGAACCGUUUAAAGGCAAUGGUCCCAAGUAGAAACGAUUUAUCGAAAUUGUUGAAGACGACAACCAAUACAAUUACCAAGACCUUACAACAACCGGACGGGUCAAUGUUUAAGAAUGGUCCGGAAAAAUCAAGGUUUAGUGGCAGUAGAUAUCCAUCUUCAUCCGCUUCAUCCGUUUCCUCGUUCCACGUUGGGUCUCCUGGCUCCUCGUUAGUUGAUCAUUCCGUUGAUGAAUCUGGUGUCCCAUGGAGAAUGAGCGGCAUCAACUAUGCUAAUAACGAAAUAUUCAUCGAUAUGAGUGAGGAAAUUAACGCUAUUGUGGAAAAGGGGAAACUGUUAACCGGACAUAUCAAGGGUUGUAUCGACUUAAACAACCAUCUCAGCGGACAGCCAUUGGUUGAGAUGAAACUUGGGCUCUUAGACCACAAGCUUAGCCACUUAAACACGACUUUCCAUAGAUGCAUCUUAGAGGAUAAGGCGAACAGCAUAAAUGAUUUAAUCGCUGGGAAAUUCACUAAGCUAACGUUUGUACCUCCUGAUGGACGUACUAGGCUCUGUCAAUAUACCCUACCGUUGGUGAAAAGAGACUCAAACCUCGGCAUUAUAGACGUAAAUUUACAAAGCAGUUUAGGUAAAAGACUUGACGAAUUUGAGGUCCGCGUCACCGUUGGAAUGAGCACGACGGUGAAAGAAAUAGAAAACAUGAGCAUGACUAUCAGGAUGAAUAGAAAUUUUAAGGGAAUAGUACGUGUCAUGAGAAACACUCACGGCGGUGUCGAAACAAAUAUGACUCGUGGCGAAGUUAAUUGGCAUUUGGACAAAAACAUGGUAUGCGGUUCAAUGGCUGUACUACGUUGUAUAGCGGAACUGGAACCCGAACUCGCCUCCAAUGACCAAACAUCUAGUAGAUCUUCGGUUGUUCAACCACCUAGUUCACACUUAACAUCCUUACUACAACCUAGUUUCAUCAAAUGUUACUACGAACACAAAUCCCAGCUUCCCUCCGGAAUCAAACUUCAAUCAAUCGACGUAGUUAAUGGAGGUCCAAAAAAACCGUUCAAAGGUGUUAAGUACCUCACAAAGACUGGUUCGCUAGAGUAUAGGUGA